AUGCGACCCGCAGCAAGAGGGUUGUUAAAGGGGCCCAUCCCGCUGACGUUUCUGAUAGCCCGGUCCAGCUGUCACGCGUGCGCGCAAGCGUGGAGGUCCGGCAUGGCUGCCAGAUCAUCAAGACUACUCGUCUGCCUGGUAGGCCUUUGCCUUCUUGCGCUGCCGAGCACCUUCCUGGCACCGAGAACUCAGGCUAGAGCUCCGGUGGUGGGUGCGCUGGGCACGGUGUCUGCUUUGGCGCCACAAGCUGCAAACGCGAGAAUCGAGUUUGAGCCGUGGAAGCCUGACUUCGAUUGGGAAGCGUGGGGAAACGCUCCAGAAGCCAACGAGAUCGUCUUUCCAGGGGUCAUUAUUGUUUCCAUCAUUGUCCUGUAUUUCCUGCUGGAGUUGAUCGAAACAUUGCUGGGCGGCGAGGAAUGA